AUCGUAGAAAAUCUUUCCCUUUCCCUCCCCCAGUCCUUCUCUUUAUAAGAAAUCUAUAUUUCUCACUUUUAAUUGUCAAAACCCACAAGCCAAACCACUGAGAGACAUGGCAAUGGCGAUAAUAAAGAUUCAGAAGUUACCUUGUUAUGUUCUCUUGGUGUUUGUCCUUUGUUUUGCUUUUGCUCCUCUGGCUCUUUCAUGGAGGCUGAAUGAGGGAUUUGACCAUGAUGAGAAUUAUGAGGGUUCUUCUGAUUUUGUGGAUCUUGAAUACCACAUGGGUCCUGUUCUUGCAGCCCCUAUCAACCUGUAUAUAAUCUGGUAUGGUCACUGGAACCCUUCCCACCAAGCCACUAUCAGAGAUUUUCUGUAUUCUCUUUCUUCUUCAUCGGUUUCUUAUCCUUCUGUUGCUGACUGGUGGAAAACUGUGAGGCUCUACACUGACCAAACUGGGGCUAACAUCACAGGCAGCAUUGCGUUAUCAGGGGAAUUUUAUGACUCCAGAUACUCUCAUGGGGGGUAUCUCAGUCGUUUAGACAUGCAGUCCAUCAUUAAAAAUGCAGUUACUUCUUCCCCAAGGGCAUUACCUCUCAAUGCUCACAAUGGCGUUUACCUGGUGCUGACUUCUUCUGAUGUUCAGGUUCAAGAUUUCUGCAGGGCCGUCUGUGGCUUUCAUUACUUCACCUUCCCAACAAUUGUUGGGGCGACUGUUCCCUAUGCUUGGGUAGGGUAUAGUGGGACUCAGUGUCCUGGGAUGUGCGCAUACCCUUUUGCAUGGCCUCAGUAUUCAGGAAAGCCACCACCAAGCACAAAUGGAGGUAACAACAUAAUGAAAGCACCAAACGGGGAUGCAGGAGCUGAUGGCAUGGUGAGUGUUAUUGCUCAUGAACUUGCAGAAGUGUCAAGUAAUCCACUGGUGAAUGCGUGGUAUGCUGGAGAUGACCCAACUGCACCUCAAGAGAUAGCAGACUUGUGCCUUGGCGUGUACGGUUCUGGUGGGGGUGGGGGUUAUGUGGGAAAUGUUUACAAGGAUCCCUGGGGAAAUGCCUAUAAUGUGAAUGGAGUCAAGGGGAGGAGGUUCCUGGUGCAAUGGGUAUGGGACCCAGUGAAAAGAAGAUGCUUUGGACCCAAUGCCAAGGACUAGUCGGUGUGAAUUUUAGACCAUCUCUUGCUUUUGUGAUCUUAGAAGGGGGCAAGAUGAUGGCAGCAUGAGGAAAGGCCAAGCGAUUAUACUUGGUUGUAGGCAAGUUAAUAGAAAAAAGAGUUCGGCUUUGUUGGGAAAAAGUGGGCUUAGGAGGGAGGUGUGAUGCUUUGCUAGUGGAGAUUCAUAUGUACUUUUGUGUAUGCACAAAGGAUAUAGAAAAGAACGUUGUGUUCAUAUAAACGUGAUAGAAAAUG